GUGUGUUUGCGCUUUCAGACAGAGGAUCAGUACAGAGCUGUGACACACAGGAAGCGCUCAGCUUCAACUCAAGGACACCUAACCACUACAGAUUGAUUUCAAUGGCCUCAGGUAUGGCAGAGUUGCUGCGGUUGCUCCUGAGCGUGGCAGAAAAAGCCGCCAAUGUGGCACGGGUCUGUCGACAGGAAGCACAGCUUUUUGAACUUUUGGUACAAGAAAAGACAGGAGCUGACAAAAACAAGAAAUUUGUCCAGGACUUUAAGACGCUUGCUGAUGUGUUGAUACAGGAAAUGAUUCGCCAUGAUGUUUGUGCCCAGUUUCCAGAAUUGACUGGAUUUAUUCAUGGAGAGGAGUCAAACAAGUUUGAGAAUGGACUUGGGGAGAGUGUUACUGUGAGAGUAUGCGCUCAGGAAGAGGACACAACUGCUUUGUUGGCUAAAGUUCUGGAUGGUGAUCAAAACGCAGCGUCCCUCCUGACCAAGGUGAUCCACCAGGACCUUCAGAUUAAAGACAAGACGGCUGAAUCUCUGCAGCUGUCAAUCAGCCCAGCCGAUGUGGGCAUCUGGAUUGAUCCCAUCGAUGGAACAAGUCAGUACAUCGAAGGCAAAGAGGAAGAACAGCCGGAUGAAGGCUUUUGUCCAUUCGGUCUCCCAUGUGCUCUGGUUCUGAUUGGGGUUUACUUACGGUCCACUGGCCAACCGGUCAUGGGUGUCAUAAACCAGCCGUUCAACCGCAAAGACUCCACGGGUAAAGGGUAAGAGUGCUGCUGUAGCAGUGUUUCAAAAGAAAUUUCAGAUGUGAUGUCAUAUAUAACGAGGGAAAUGUUUAGUUUAAAAUGUUAGUUUUGCUAGUUAAAAUAAAACACUUUUUUUGGUUAUGACUUGUAGUGACUAUUUGCACACUGAGGUGCAAAUAACUACAACUAAGGGCCAGUUUUACUAACCGCUUUCGCCAGUGCAAACCAUCUUUUGGUGUUAAAAUUG